GAACGCAGGGGACGGCGGCAGCGGCACCGGCGGGGUUCGGGUUGCGCGCGGGCAGCGGGUUCGCGGCUCUGGGCCGGCACAGGAAUACCAGCGCCUGAGGCCAGGCCUGCAGCCGGUGACUUCACGGCCGGGCGGCGACGCUGCUGCGGCGGGGCCCGGGCGCGCAGCCUGGGGGCGGAGGACGGGACGCCGCGGGCCGGCGCGCCAGGUGAUGGAUUUGGAUAUGCAUCUAUGAAGAAAUGCCACAUGGUUUGAGCACGAACAUGUCCAGGCUACUGCCACCAUAGGACACUAGGGCUUGGUGACGCCGCUUCCUGGGGGCAUCAGGUGUGAUCUGAUCCAGGAACAAGAAGCACAUCCUCACCAAUGACAUCAUGACAGCAAGAGAGCACAGCCCUCGCCACGGUGCCAGGGCCCGUGCCAUGCAGCGGGCUUCCACCAUCGAUGUGGCAGCCGACAUGCUGGGGCUCUCUCUAGCAGGAAAUAUACAAGAUCCAGAUGAGCCCAUUUUAGAAUUCAGUUUAGCCUGCAGUGAGCUGCACACCCCAUCGCUAGAUCGAAAACCAAAUAGUUUUGUGGCAGUGAGCGUCACCACCCCCCCUCAGGCCUUCUGGACGAAGCAUGCGCAGACGGAGAUCAUCGAGGGAACCAACAAUCCUAUCUUCCUAAGCAGUAUUGCCUUCUUUCAAGACUCUCUUAUCAAUCAGAUGACACAAAUCAAACUAUCUGUGUAUGAUGUCAAAGAUAGAUCUCAGGGAACAAUGUAUUUACUGGGCUCUGGAACAUUCAUUGUCAAAGAUCUGCUCCAGGACAGGCAUCAUAGGUUGCAUCUAACACUAAGGUCCGCAGAGAGUGACCGUGUGGGUAACAUCACCGUGAUCGGCUGGCAGAUGGAGGACAAGUCAGACCAGCGGCCCCCAGUGACUCGGUCCCUGGACCCCGUCAAUGGGAGGAUGGUUCUGCCUGUUGAUGAGAGCUUGACUGAGGCAUUGGGAAUCCGAUCCAAAUAUGCUUCAUUGCGAAAAGACACUCUACUGAAAUCAGUGUUUGGUGGUGCCAUCUGCCGCAUGUACCGCUUCCCAACCACCGACGGCAACCACCUUCGGAUCCUGGAGCAAAUGGCAGAGAGUGUGCUGUCCCUGCAUGUGCCCCGGCAGUUUGUGAAGCUCCUGCUGGAAGAAGACGCGGCUAGAGUCUGUGAGCUGGAGGAGUUGGGGGAGCUGUCCCCUUGCUGGGAGAGCCUCCGGCGCCAGAUUGUCACCCAGUACCAGACUGUCAUCCUUACGUACCAGGAGAACCUGACUGACCUCCAUCAGUACAAAGGUCCCUCAUUUAAAGCAAGCAGUUUGAAAGCAGAUAAAAAGUUAGAAUUCGUCCCCACAAACCUGCAUAUACAAAGGAUGAGAGUUCAAGAUGAUGGAGGAUCAGAUCAGAACUACGACAUUGUCACCAUUGGAGCACCAGCAGCACACUGCCAAGGUUUUAAGUCAGGAGGUCUCCGCAAAAAGCUGCACAAAUUUGAAGAGACUAAGAAACACAGUUUUGAGGAGAGUUGUACUUCGUCUAGCUGCCAGUCCAUAAUCUACAUACCACAGGACAUCGUCAGAGCCAAGGAGAUCAUCGCCCAGAUCAACACCCUGAAAACCCAAGUUAGUUACUAUGCAGAGCGGCUCUCAAGGGCAGCCAAGGACAGGUCUGCCACCGGCCUUGAGAGGACUCUUGCUAUCUUGGCAGACAAGACCCGGCAGCUGGUCACUGUCUGCGACUGCAAGCUGCUGGCCAACUCCAUCCAUGGGCUGAAUGCCGCGCGGCCUGACUACAUCGCCUCCAAGGCCUCUCCCACCUCGACUGAGGAGGAGCAGGUGAUGCUUCGGAAUGACCAGGACACCCUCAUGGCCAGGUGGACGGGGAGGAACAGCCGAUCUUCCCUGCAGGUGGACUGGCAUGAAGAGGAGUGGGAGAAAGUGUGGCUAAAUGUGGACAAGAGCCUGGAGUGCAUUAUCCAGCGGGUAGACAAGCUGUUGCAGAAGGAGCGUCUGCAUGGUGAGAGCUGUGAGGACGUCUUCCCCUAUGCGGGCAGCUGCACCAGCAAGAAAGGUAACGGCAACAGCCAUGCCUACUGGAUCAGACCAGAAGACCCCUUCUGCGAUGCCCCCUCCUCACCAUGCCCUUCCUCCAUGCCCACCGCUGCAUGCCAUCCUCAUCCAAGCACACAUUGCAGCCCUCCUCCUGAAGCACCCAGCCCAGGUGAAUGGAGUGAGGCCCUUUACCCCCUGUUGACCACCCUCACUGACUGUGUGGCCAUGAUGAGCGACAAGGCCAAGAAGGCCAUGGUCUUCCUGCUCAUGCAGGACAGCGCCCCCACCAUCGCCUCCUACCUGAGCCUGCAGUACCGCCGCGACGUGGUCUUCUGCCAAACCCUGACGGCCCUCAUUUGUGGCUUCAUCAUCAAGCUGCGGAACUGCCUGCACGACGACGGCUUCCUGCGGCAACUCUACACCAUUGGGCUGCUUGCCCAGUUUGAGAGCCUGCUGAGCACCUACGGUGAGGAGCUGGCCAUGCUGGAGGACAUGAGCCUUGGAAUCAUGGAUUUGCGGAAUGUGACCUUCAAAGUCACACAGGCUACUUCCAAUGCGUCCACUGACAUGCUGCCUGUCAUCACAGGAAAUCGUGAUGGGUUUAAUGUGCGGAUCCCCCUGCCAGGCCCACUCUUUGACGCCCUGCCCCGAGAGAUCCAGAGCGGCAUGCUGCUGCGUGUGCAGCCCGUCCUCUUCAACGUGGGCAUCAAUGAGCAGCAGACCCUGGCUGAGAGGUUUGGGGAUACAUCUUUACAAGAAGUCAUCAAUGUGGAGAGCUUGGUGCGGUUAAAUUCCUACUUUGAGCAGUUUAAGGAAGUUUUGCCUGAGGAUUGUCUACCUCGGUCCCGGAGUCAGACCUGCCUGCCAGAGCUGCUGCGGUUUCUGGGUCAGAACGUCCACGCCCGGAAGAAUAAGAACGUGGACAUUCUCUGGCAAGCUGCUGAGAUCUGCCGCCGCCUUAACGGGGUCCGGUUCACCAGCUGCAAGAGUGCCAAGGACCGCACAGCCAUGUCGGUGACACUGGAGCAGUGCCUGAUCCUGCAGCAUGAGCACGGCAUGGCCCCACAGGUCUUCACCCAGGCCCUGGAGUGCAUGCGCAGCAUUGGAACACGGGAGGUAGUCACCCAGAAGAACUUGAGCGGCCUGGUGCCCAUCCGAGACUUAAGGCUAGACCCCAGCCUCCUCUGUUCCAUUCCUUUAUUAGCUCUGAGCCCCAAUUUACUGAUUGUGUGGCUCUUUCUGAGCAUAGCAUACCUGGUGACCAAAUUGCGUUGCAAAUGAGUAUCAUUCUGAAAAAUUAAUGAGUCACAAGAAAAAACAAAAGUGCCCGAAUAUGUCCAGCCACCGUGUACCUAACUGAACAGAAGGAAGGUGUCAAAGCGUGGUCUGCCAAGAAAUGUCUCAUGCCUUACAGUUUGACGUUUUGUUCUUCUGAACUGUAAAUACCUGCCAAAUUAUUUCGCCAAGAGGACUUGUUCAUUUCAAUCAUGUAGCGUCUUCAGUGCUUGUAACAUGUUCUUUCCUUAUGUGCCCUGUUACCACUUUAUUUAGCUGGCCUGGAAUGAUUUGUACCAAAUCUCUUACCUUCUGAUGUAAAGCUAUUUACUACCUGUACAUCUCAUGUGCCCUGUUUCCAAGAGAAGGGAAUUCUGUCUAAAAAGAAUUUGUAUAUUUGAUACUUUAAGUGUACUGCUCACUUUACCCUUCCAUUUUAAAGAAAAGAUGAAAAAGGAUAUGCGCUUUAUAACUGACUCAGAUCAACCUAUUUAAUAGGACAUGUACUUUCUGCUUUCAUUUUAAAGCAUAGUCCCUGGAUUACAGUAGCAAACAGUUUGCAGAAUCAUACCAUUUCCUUGCUUAUUUAUUUCCAGUUGAGGAUGCCACAGCUAUGAAUAGAGUUGCACAUUGUAUCAAGUCAGGCACAUAAAGAUAACAUACUGCACAUGACUGUAGAUUUAACUCCAAGGGUCAUUAUACUGAUUCACACUGAUUCCAGGAAUUAAUGUACAUUAUAACAAAAGGACAUUAAGUUAUAGCCAUUUAUUUUUCUUAAAAAUAGCAUUUUUCAUGUAAAAAAAUACAUCUGUAAUUCCAGAUUAAAGUCCAGACAUCCCUGUCUUACUAAUCACAUAUAGUUAAUGAUGAAGAACAGCAACAACAACAAAAAAGUCAAAGAACAAUUACCAAAAAAUGAGGCUUAGCUUUUGGGUAGUUGUGAUACAUAUAACCGUGAGAGAUAAUUCCUAAUAUUAUAACUCUUCAUUUGAACAUGGUGAUGUCCCUAACACAGGAUGACUUGUAACCUUAGCAUUCAUAUGUGGCAGAAUAAGGGCUGGGGAUUUAGCUCAGUGGUUCAGCCGCCUGCCUCGCAAGCAGAAGGUCCAUCCCCAGUACCCAAAAAAAAGAAACUUUAACACAUAUGUGGUGGAAUAAUUGUAUGCCUGUAAAGGUGACCAAAUAAACCAGGGGAAAUUCUGCACACCCUGAAUAAGAAUCAGUGGCUUCUGUACGCCUCUCAGGUCAUAUUAUGUUCUGCUUCUGUUUUCUAUCUCUUAACUGGCUCCCCAUACACUAUAUUCUUAUGAAGUGGAUUUCUUUUCACCAGUCAAAAAAAAUGAAUGAAUUAGAGAAUCUGGCUUUUCCAGAAUCCCGUCACCCACAUGCACACAAGCCCAGUUUACCACAAAGUCUGACCUCUCCAUUUUCUAAGACUUCCAGAGCUUACCCACAGCUCUCUCCAACUUGGCAUCAUUGCAGAGCGGGGCUUUUAGGAAUCCUAGAGGUAGUCAGCAAUGACAAAUGCCAAGCUGAAACUGUCAGUUCUCCAGUAAGGCCAUCCUUCUCACACCCCAGGGACUCCUUCUCACUAGGCCCCUCUGGCACCACAGGACCCCUGGGCAGGUAUCACCACCUGCUAUCCCUGUUGCUGAGUGCCCUGGUCUCUUUAGAGCAGACUUUCAGUAGAGAAUCUCUCCCUGAUGGCCAGCUGACUGUGCCCUAGAUCAUGCCCUCUUUCACUCCGAGGUGCGUACUUCAACUCUUGGGGACCAUUUUGUUUGCCUCAUUUGAAAAAAUAAAACCCACAGCCUCUGCUCUAGGUGACAAGUUCCUGAUGCCCGUGGUAGUGGCAAUUCCUGCACAUGCCCACCUCCAUGGGGGUGGUGGCCAGGCAGAGACCAUGCAUGGAUGAGGGAGGCCAUCUCCUCCCCUCCCAAAGCCCCUGGGUGCCCUGUGGUGCUGGCCAGGGCUCCCUCUCAGGACCCCACCACACAGCAGAGGGAAGCUGUGUGGAGUCAGCGGAGCCCUCCUGAGGGCUCCUCCAGGUCAUUGUGGCCCAAUUCGCACCUGUCAUGGUGCCAGCAAUGCCUUCCUGUCCUGUGUGAGCUGGCCAUUGGGUUGAGAGAAAUGGAACAGAAGGACAAGAGGACCAGGCCCUUCAUUUCUCUGUUCCAGGGGCUGGGCAAAGGCCGUGCACUGAUCCGUUCCUCUAGUCAGUACAGGCAGCAGGCGGCCUUUCGUUUCCUUUUUAAAAAAUAUCUGAGAAAAGAAGCUCAGCAUGCAGGCCCUUUAUGCUGAAUUUUAAUGGGCUUUAGCUCAUGAAACAAGGGCAGAUGCAUAUUCAGAAUCUUGUCUGCUUUAGCGAGAAACAGACAGAAUACAGCAGGCAGGAGAUGGUUCAUGGAAGGGGAGUCUCGAUGUUUGGUGCUGAAGCAGUUUUAGUAUGAAGGCAUCGUUGAUGUCAUCCACCCUAGCUUCAGCAUGAAGACGGCUGUCUGAGGUUGGAGAAUCCUGCUCAGGAGUAUUUCCUAGUCAGUUCUUAAUUAGUGUGAUGCUCACUGUUGACUGCCCAGGUUGUUUCAAGUGGAGAUCUUGAAACAAUGGCACAUUGUCCCUCCGCAAAGCAACUCCCUGGCCUGCUAUAGGGGGCCGAGACCCUGAGGCCUCCAGAUGGGCUCCAGGGUAGGAGAGCCCCACCAGAAAAGGAAACCCAGAGGCCCCUUUAAAGUUUGGUGUUGUUCAGGGACUGUGUUUGAAUUUCUGUUUCAAAAAUGGAUGUCCUUGAAAAAUAAUUUUGAUAUAAUAAAAAUAUGAUCAGAUCACCUUAGAAUAACUGAAUCUCUCUUGCUGG